GCUUAUGCCGCCACUUGUCCACCCAAGUGCGGCUUCGGCUCCAAACCAGGGUGCCCAUGCAUCUAUCUACGGGCGCCUAUCGGUACCGUUCAGCUUACAUUCCUGGCAUACUAUUAAAUUUCCACUGUAUCAUAUCUCAUACGACAGGGCUGUGGAGAGACUUUGAUCCCAUUCAGACCCGCCGUGGUUAUUACGAGAGGCUAUAUUAUUGUCGGCAUUGUGCUAUUUUCCGUACGAAUGGACAAAAGUAAAAUCGUAUGAGCUUGAACUAUUACUCGAAAUUCAAUGCCUCAUACUCCUCCAGCAAGAGGGCUGCCGCCACAGCCAAAUGGCCGAAAGAAUAUGGACGACUACGCUCGACAAUCACAAGAGAUGAUAAGAUCUCAACAAGAGAUUAGAAAUAGAUUAUCACGAAAACGAGCGCAUCAACUGAACCAAGACGCCCCAGCCUGGGGUCAUUUGAAGCACGAUACAAUAUCCCAAGACAGAUCCGGAGAUAGCAACCAUAGCCAGGAACUGCUUGUUGCGUUGGAGAAGCCGCAGAGUCCGCCUUUCGAGGAAACAAGUGACGAGAAUGAAGUCGAUGAAGAUAUACAGAAUUUACCAAAUCCUAUCUUCAAUAUAACCGAAGCGUCUCCGCCACCAGCACCCCGACAGGGGUUGGAGCUGGGAGCUAAACCUUUCCAGGAACGAGGCCUCUCUAAGCGUUCAUACUCGAAUACUCAGCUUGAUAUAGAGAGCGUGUCUAAAUCCUUCGGUGAUCCGGCCAGUUCAACAAACGUAGAGGGUGACUUAUUUCAAAAGCUCAAACAUCUUCUUGAGACUGAAACUCAGCGCCGAGAGAACGAUGAGACGACUUCCGUGAGUACUCUAUCAUGGAUAACGCUUUACCGACUCGGAGACAGCAUCUCGCUGAAUGAGCCAUCUUGGGCAUUGACGGACGAUGGAUCAAAGACGUUAAGGGCCGAAAAGCCAUUGGCGAAUGUCUCCCGUUAUUUGGAUAGACAUCCAGAGGUGGUCUUCGUCGUAUAUCAGGAUUAUCCAAUUCUUGACUCCAGAGACUCGAGCACGAAAGAGGAGGACGAAGAGGAAGGGGAGGAAAUAUUGCAUGCCCCAAAACCGUCACACGAGUGUAUAACUUUGAGUUCGCGCUAUAUGAUAGAGGCUGUCAGAGCCUUCACUAAAGCUCAGCCGGAUUCCAAAUCCAGGUUCCCUCAUUUUGACCCAGCCGAUGAGAUUGCAGCCCCUUAUCUAUUCUGGUACUAUGGUCGGCAUUCAUACCCUAAAAUCCGGGAGGCCCUCCUGCCAGGUCAGCAGAGAUUGCUAGACUUCCUAUCACUGUGGAUUGAGGACUACUAUAAGCAAGAGUAUAUGGAAGUAGAGAGUCAUUUAGCCGACGGUCUUAUAUCUCACAAGCUGAUGGAGUACUUGAUUUGCCCUGGAGACGUCUUGGUAUCGAACCAGAAGAAUUCCCUAGAAGCGUAUAUAGGCACUACAUGGCCCCAGACAGAUCUACGGCGUAAUCUACCACAGCAGCCCCUUAACGGGAAAGCCCGCCAGAAACCUGACUCUUUAGAGCUGCGGCAUCGAAAGCGCAAAGUCGUUUUAAGCGUCGAAGGUUGGUGUUGGGAAUACGACGGCACUUUUCGGAGUAGUGAGAAGGCUCUUGAAUUUACUUAUUGGACAUCGAGCCCUGAUGAAAAGCUCAAGAUAACAGAUUUAGAAAUUUUCCCACUUAAAUACGCAACGGAGACAAUACGGGCAGCUUUACAGCGGAGAGGAGAAACAUACUGGAAAUGCCGAGGACAGAAGUUAGUUGACUACCAGUCAGAACCAAAGGACGAAAUGGAGAGAUACAUGAUAGACUACAAGACGUACGAGAUGCUACAUAAGGACUCCAUAUACGGGGGGCGCACUUCCACGGAAGAGAACCGCGCAAUCCACGAGGUCAUUGGACCUGAAGGUGAUGAAAUCUAUAUUUUCCCUCAGACGGUUAAGGCUUACAAUCUUCGGCGGAAGAAAUGGGUGGACCUUAAGGUAGACAAAAUCAAAGAAGUCGUAUGGAACAAGAAGGCCUUCGAUAAGUUAGUAGUCGACAAGGAUACCAAGGAGCUUAUCCAAGCCUUAGUUACCACACAUUUGCAGGACGAACAAGGCGCUGACCUGGUUAGUGGUAAGGGUAAUGGCCUUAUACUCCUCCUUCACGGUGGCCCUGGAACUGGCAAGACAUUCACAGCCGAAACAGUCGCCGAAUUAGCUGAAAAGCCACUCUAUCGCGUGACGUGUGGCGACAUCGGUACCAAGCCAGAGGAUGUAGAGAAGUAUCUCGAGUCGGUUCUUCAUUUGGGCCAUAUCUGGGGAUGCGUCGUUCUUCUAGACGAGGCCGACGUUUUUCUAGAAGAACGAGUACAUUCAAAUCUUGAUCGCAACGCCCUGGUAUCUGUUUUCCUACGUGUUCUGGAAUAUUAUGACGGUAUCUUAAUACUUACGUCCAAUCGCGUCGGCACAUUCGAUGAGGCAUUUAAAUCGCGCAUUCAGCUAGCCCUGAAGUAUGAUAACUUGGGUGUCUCUCAGCGUCGACAAAUCUGGUCGAACUUUUUCGAGCACUACGAAGAGAUGGGAAACGGCUCUAUGAAUUUCAUCAGCAUCAAAGCCCAAGUUGACGAGCUAGCCAAAUAUAAGAUGAACGGUCGGCAAAUUCGGAACGCCAUUACCACGGCAAGGCAGUUAGCGCGGUAUCGCGGGGAGGUCAUGAACUAUUCCCAUUUGCAGCAUGUUAUUAGGGUAUCACAGAACUUCGAAACAUACCUUGACAAUUUGAGGGAAGGUGUGAACAGCGAUGAUGUCUUCCAUGGGGCUGGGAUCCGAUAAGGUGGGGGUUAGAAUGAUUGUAUCGUUCAAUAUACUACGUAAUGUGGCUUUAUUAAAGAGCGAAUGAGAAGACGUGUUCCCAAGAGUAGUCAGACAUAG